AUGUCUGUGUCUUGCACCUGUGGGGUUCUGACCAUACCUCCUGAAUUUUCAAAUGAAGCCGUCUAUCUUCAAUAUCUCACGCCUGACGAGGCAAGGCAAAUCCACAAACAGUUCUACGUUCCCAGUCUCCGCCCUGUCCUAUGGACCGGCAUGCACAAAGGCGUGGCGCAACAGUGGGCCGACAAGCGCGGAAUGCAGACAUUAACCACGGCCAUGGGCCCACUAAUGCAGACUGACAACCCCUCCUGUUUGAGAUUGAAGAAGUCAGAGAAGGCCUGGAGCAAAUACAUGAAAGGAGCUUCGGCAAUUUUUGCGCAGUAUGCCAUCCAGGGCGAGGUGGCUACGGUGCUCUCGCCGCCUCCUCCAGAGCGGUUCAAUCCGUCUGGUUUGACCAAUUUUCAAUCAAUCGAAGAGCCCAUCUUGAAAGGGCAGUUCGGGGGCCCUGCUGUGGCGCGAAUCGAAUUGAUCCACCCGGGAGUUCCAGGGGCGGAAGACUUUCGAUACGAAUUCUGGCCUGUCGAUGAAGCAUCCUUGUGGAUCAAACAGUUCGGUACGAUUGCUGUGGAGAAACCACUUUGGAGAAAGGUCAAAUCGCGACCUACUCAAUCGUCAUUACAGGUCACUAUCCGAGAAGCUGUGAGUGAUCGCAACGCAGAAUUGAGAUCGUUCCUGGUGCCGUGCAGAAUACAUGGAGAGAGGUCGCGCGGCUCUCAAUCGACCAUGACGGCUGUGAAGGAAAACUUAAUACCCGCCAAGUUAGCAGGGAAGAAGGUAGCUUUAAUUGCCGUGACAACGGCAGCGAAGCCGAAGAAGGUAAAGAAGGCGAAGCCAGUACCUAUGGAACCGGUAGGGAAAGCGGGGAAAGAGACCGCUUCAGAGAUGAUAAAGACGAAGAAGGCCAAGAAGUCAAACAAGGCAGAUCCGACACCUGUAAAGACAACAGCAAAAGGGAUGAGAGCCACAGGUACACAGGAGAAGAAGGGGAAGCAGGAGAAGAAGGGGAAGGGGAAGGGUAAAAUGCAACCAGUGCCCGUACAAGUACCUGGAAAGAUGACCAAUAUCAGAAAUCCACCCAAAACAGAGAAGGCCGUCAAGUUGUCGCAAACGGCAACAGCAGCGCACAAAGGCCAAAAGAAAGGCCAAAAGAAAGGCGAAAAGAAAAGCAGUGUAAAGCAGCCAAAGUCAGGAAAAAUCUGA